AUGGCCAGCAGUCCUGAGAAUAAUGCAUCCCUCUCCGUUCAGAAAGUCCCACGCUCAGAAAGUUCCCAAGCAAAGAAGUCCCAGCAUGCAGAAGAAGCAAUCUUUUACACCAACUGCCGAGCAGCUUAUCUAGCUGUUUUAAAAAGCAGUUUAGAAAAUAUUAAAUCAAAAGAACAACUCAGUUUGGUACUUCAACAGGCUGGAAGAAAUCCAUCUCAGAAGACAGUUAAUAAAUACUGGACUUCACAAACGACUACGCUGAAUUUUGAUGAUUUUUGUGCUAUUUUAAAAGAAGAAAAACCAGCUACAAAAACUGAACUGCUUGAAGCAUUUGGAAAAAUAGACACACAUAACACUGGCUAUAUUUUACAUGAUGAACUUUAUAAAAUUCUUACAACGAGAGGUGAAAAAAUGACUCGGGAUGAAGUGAGUGCCAUUACUGAGCAAGCUGAUUUUAACUGCAGUGGCAAACUUGACUACAACAAGUUUUGUGACUUGUACAUGACAACCAGUGAGCAGUGCUGCAAGACUGCACGAGAGAAACUGGAAGUUGAUGGUCGGUUGAAGCAACAGCAGUUUGGAAGUCAAGCUGAAACCUCAUCUGAAGGGAUCACGCUGCCGGUGUCAAAACCAUCACCAAGAAUCUCAAGGAAAACUGAUCACAAACUAGCACCAAAAAAAGGUGAUAGCAAAACUCCUUCAAGACCCUCAUCAGCUCAAAGUUGCAAAGCAUCCAUUUCUACCACGAUCAGCAUGGGUGCCAGUAGCAACAGAAAUGCAAAGCUAAUUGAGCCAGACACAGUGAAGGAAUGGCAAUGUGCACAAUCCAAAGGAUGCUUCUACUUAGAAGAAGAUGGUGAAAUCAUUAGUCACAAGUACAAGCUGCACUUACCUCAAAGGUCUACAGUAUGUAUCACCAUCAAGCCUUUAAAUGUUCGUCAGGUGGAAGGAAAAUCUUGUCAUUGGUUGUCAGUGGAUACAGCUUUGUAUAUUCUGAAGGAAAAUGAAACACCAGAAAAUCUACAGCUUGUGAGCUUUACUGAACAGCAAAACAAGGAGACGUUUGGAUGGAAAGGGGAGCUCGGAUCAGGUGUUUACUGGCUGCUCCCAUUCACAACAGGCUGUAGGCUGAAGAAGGUGAAAACACAAAUUACUGGAGAAGCAAAGCUGGUGUAUAGAGGUGAAGAUGGAGAACUGGCUCUGACCAAAGAGUUCCGAGCUGCUUUACUGGAUAUAUUUGAAACAAUUGAUUUGGAUGGAAAUGGCCUGCUGAGUUUGGAGGAAUACAAUUUCUUUGAACUGAGAACUAGUGGUGAGAAAUGCGAUGAGGAAGCAUGGGCUGUGUGUAAGGAAAAUUUUGAUAUGAAGAAGAAUGAACUAACAAGACAAGGAUUUAUGGAUUUGAAUCUCAUGGAAGCCAAUGACCGUGAAGGGGAUCCUAGUGACCUUUGGGUCACUUUAUUGUCUCUGGGCUACAAUAAAGCAUUAGAAAUGACAGAGGCAUGCCCCUUUGUCGUUGACAUCUAUGCAGAAAAAUGCAAACCCAGAAUUAAAGCCAUAUAUCUAGAGGCAGGGAGCUGGCAACUGAACAGGGCUAUCUGCAAGUCUGUUGUUAAUAAAGGAGAGGCCAAAGUAAUGGAUGGCUGUGAAAACAUAGUUGUCUAUACCUACAAAGCGGCCAGGAGAAUCACUUCUGUUAUUGAAAACAAGUCUGAAAACAAAGUGAUUCUUCAUGUCAGCAAUGAGCAGAGUAAGAACUGCCUAAGCAACAGGGGACUUACUGUGUUUGCUGUAGAAGUGGCCCCAAAAUCCAUGAUGGUUUCUCAGCAUGUGAUGCCGCUGAACGAGCAGGAAGAAUGGCUUUACAGUUGUGUGCAUUCCCUCUUACGUUAA